AUGGUAGGUUCGUUUGCGAGUUUGUGUGAACAGGUCAGUGUCGAGUAUGAGAAUUUCGAUGUGAAUGUUUUGAUCGCUUUGGUUGUGGCUGCGGUCGGGAGGAGGCAUUUGGUGAUCCAGUCGAAGCGGGUGAGUGCGACUCGCGAGGUUCUACAGACGCUGGCUCGCGAUGUGCUCGGAUUUCGUGAAGACAGGGCGACUGUCGUAGUACAUUGCAACGCUGACACGACGUGGCAUCAGCUGGCGAAGUCGAUUCUUGUGAAUGGCAACAAGUUCUCGCAUGAAACAGAAUGUGAGAUUGCAGGUUCUGGAUCUCCGAAUCUAUUUGGUGAUGGAAAUGGAAGUGGGAAUGUCAAUAAUGAAGAGAGUGUUAAGCGAGAAGGUGUUAAUGGAAGUCCAAAUAUCAAUGAUGAAGGAAGUGUGCAUCCAAAUGUGAGUGUGCCGACGUUUUUGAUUAUAGAGAACUUGGAUAAGACAGCAAAGCUUGUUCAGACGAUGAUGAUCUCGACCCUAGUGGAGAGGAAACUGGUCGUCAAUAAGAAGAGCUAUCCGCUGCCAGAAGAUUUUGUAUUGGUCAUUAUAGGACAUGGACAUAAUCUGGUGCCUCAUUUACGUGAUUAUAUGUUACUAGAGCAUGUCGUUGAGACAGAUGACGACCACGGUUUAAAUGCUGACCAGCCAGCCCAUACGGGCCAGAUGUCUUCUGCAGUUGGAGCUGGCAUCAACAGUGACAAUGUCGGCGGUGGUAGUGCUAAUGUCAGUGCUGGUGGUAGUGGUAAUGGCAGUACUAGUGCCACAGCUGGUACUGGUAAUGGCAUUGGUGGCAUUGGCAUCAGUACUGGCAGUACAGAGAGUGUCAAUACACCACUGACAGAUAUCGACAGACGUGGGAUGUCAGAUCCGCAACUAGUACAACCGGUUACUCGAGCCUCAGAAAGUAAUUCUGUAUUAACACCCAAGGGAUAUUAUUCUGGAGGAGGUGAAGAUGAUAGUUAUAGACGACACUCAGAAACAGCAAUAGUAAAUGCGACGACUCAACAGGGUUCCGGUUUGUAUCCAGGGAAGCAUGACCUCUCAGCACUUACUAAAUCGAACACCAACAUUAGCAACAAAUCCACAUCGUCGUUUGGUGUAGGAGUAGUGAGUAGAAGACCAACCCUGCCAGACUUUUCACCACCCCCGGGUUUACAUUCUAGUGACAACGCAGAUACUUUAUCAUUUCAGAACUUGCUAUCUUCUAUGGCUGACAAGAUUCCUCUUAUUACUAUUGCUGCAAAUAUACAAAGAUACAUGCAAGAUAUUGUGGUUGCUUUGCGCACACAUCGCUUGGUUCGUUCAGGAGUAUCUCCCCAAGCAGUCAAGGACUUUCACUAUCUUGUACGAGCGUUGAGUGUACUUCAUGACUAUGAAUUUGUCACUCCGUCAAUAGUAUCAAUCAGUGCACGAAAGCUGUUUCCUCUUAGAAUCCAGCUGUGUGAGCCGACCGACGAACCGUCUCUUAGUUAUGGCGGAGAUAUUGACCUCGUCACGCAAUGGAUGAAUAAAUGGGAUGAAGACCUGGUUAUCGAGGAGAUCCUAGCUAACGUCCCGUGUGCCAUGUAG